AUGAUAAGCGAAGAAGUAAUCAGUAAUCCACUUCAAAGUGUUUCUUUGGAUGAUGAAGAAGAAGAUGAAAUAAAAACUACGGAAAAAUUAUCAGAAACAACAGGAAAUGAAACUCAAAAAACUGAUGCAAGUAUUCGUAAUGAAAGUUCUGUUAUUCCAACUAAUCAAGAUUCAACUUAUUCAUCAUUUGCUGACAAUCGAAAUGUAAGUCUCACAAUCAAAAAAAAAUGAAUUUUCUCAAAUCAGUCGGAAAAUUGUAAUAUAUAUUUACAAGACUUAUUCGAUUUAUCGAAUUAUUAUUAUUCAUCAAAAAAUCAAAACAAAUAUGAACAACAUUUUUCUCGUUUUUUUUUUUUUGAUAAAAAAUUGGCUCGUUUUUUUUAUCAAUAGACAAAAUAAAACAUGUUGCAGCAUCGAACCGAAGAAAUCAAUAUUGAUGCAGAUUCGGCUAAUGCUAUUUAUGUUGAUAUUUCUGAUGCGCUUUCCGAAAGAGAUAAGGUAAAUAGAUUAUUCUAACUUGUAAUUUUUGGUCAAUGUUUAUUUUUUAGGUGAAAUACACCGUUCACACUAGAACUCGUUUGAGCGAUAUGAAAAGUGAAUCAUCAGUUGUGCGAGAACAUGAAGAAUUUCUAUGGCUUCAUGGAGUUCUUGAAGAAAAUGUGAAAUAUGCUGGAUUCAUUAUUCCACCCGCUCCGCCACGCCCAGAUUUUGAUUCUUCACGUGAAAAAUUGCAAAAAUUAGGAGAAGGCGAAUCGACAAUGACUAAAGAGGAAUUUUCGAAAAUGAAACAUGAUUUGGAGCAAGAUUAUUUGGCACAAUUCAAGAAAACCGUGGCGAUGCACGAAGUUUUUCUUCAAAGAGUCGCUGCUCAUCCAGUUUUCAAAGAUGAUACUAAUUUCAGAAUUUUCUUGCAAUAUGAAAAUGAUGUAAGUUUGCCCAAUUUCUUUGAAACUCACAUGCUCUAUAGAAAUUUAUCCAAAAUUUCAAUUGUUUUUUGUUAAUUGAUACAAUUUCCAUCCCAGUUUUUAUUGUCAUUUUUCAGCUCGCGGUUCGUGGAAAGAAUAAGAAAGAGCAAGUUGAAUCGUUUUGGAAAAAGUUUGCAAAAUCUGCUGACGAAGUGUUAUUGUCUGGACAGGUAUUCAUUCUUUUUCCUUUUAUUCAUUCAUUCUGUACAUGAUCUUUUUUGUGUUGCAAAAAUACAUAUGCUUGUUAAUUUGAACUUUAUCAAAAUGCUUUCAGAAAGACGUCGAUGAAUUUUUCGAAAAAGAAAAGACAUAUUUGGUGGAAUAUAAUGUUCAUAUAAAAGAAGCAGCGAUUCGAUCCGAAAGAACAAUCAGAUGUAGAAAAGAUGUUGUUGAUGCGUUUUCGAAAAUUGGAGAUUCAUUUGAAAGAAUUGCUAGAGGAGAACCAAAUAAACAAUUAGCGAGAACAUUUGCAAGAGGAGCUGAUGCUAUGUUUAAAUUGAAAAAGGUUGAAGCGAGAUCAGCAAAUGAUGAAGAAUUGAAAUUAUCUGAUACUUUACAAUAUUUCGCGAGAGACACGCAAGCAGCAAAGGUAGGGAUUUUGAAAUUCUCAUGAAAACCCUCAACUUACCGUGCAUUUUACUUGGUUUCAAGAGAGGUUCAAUUUAUCCCCUUUCGAUCACUUGCUAGAAAUAAUGAUUCUGAAAAUGACCACAAAAUUAAAAAUUAAACGUGAACUUUAUAAUUAUUUACACGUAUAUCAUAUUUUUUUCAUUUUCAGGAUCUUCUUUAUAGAAGAAUCAGAUGUUUGGCGAAUUAUGAAGCGGCAAACAAAAAUCUCGAAAGAGCAAGAGCAAAAAAUCGAGAAAUUCAAAAAGCCGAAGUUGAACAAGCUGAUGCAUGCAAAGAAUUUGAAGAAAUCAGUGGAGUAUCGAAAACCGAAUUGAAAGAUUUGAAAAAUCGACGAGUUCAAGCAUUCAAAAAGAAUCUUUGUGAAUUGGCUGAAUUGGAAGUUAAACAUUCAAAGGUUUGUGCAAUUUUUCAUAUAAUUUUUGUGAGAAUUUCUUGAUUUUUCUAGACUCAACUUGGAUUGCUUCAAGAUGUUAUCGCCAAAUUGAAAGAACAAUAA